UAAAGUGAAAUCAAAAUAUUGAAAAGACUUGGUUUUAUAAAAAAAAAAAUGAUAGAUACUGACAGAAACGAAUCUACUAAAUGAACCAAAAAAUAUUUAACAAGCGGUAACGGAACACAAAAUACGAAAAUGAAAACAACGGACAAUGUAAAAAAUUACGGUCUACGUCGAGAAGACACAAUGUUUGACACGUUGACGUCAAGUAAACGACGCUACAUCGAGACUUGGCGUCAAAGCGUCAGCGCGUUCAUGGAGACCGGAAAUAUCUGCAAAGUCACCAUCGGUGACGUCACGCCCGAGCCUACGUCAGAGACGCGGAUAACGUCAGAUACACGUUGGAGUCACUCGGACCACUCGCGGUCGCCUGCGGAGACCAGCAGUAGACAGGAAAUGGCGAGCCCAUCACUUCCGGCGGUGAAGUUUUCUUACUCACACGUUCCCGAUCACGUCACAAGGCAGUACAGACGCGAUAAAGCCCCAGUCACGCGCGACCGCACUUUUUCUUUGACGUCAUUACCGCCGUCUCCGCCCAACGGCUUUGCGGUUCAAAACGGAACCGAUCUGCACCAGGCGUACAAGCGGCGGACUUCCGCGAUGCGCGCGGCGACCAGUAAUAUAACGUCCGAGCUGCCUGACGUAACGAGGGACGGCAAAGAUGUUACGCGGAAAAGCUCAAUGCUUGCCAGAGAAAUCUACGAAAAGUAUAACCUAAAAAAUAAAUCGCAGAAUUUACUUUCAGUGGGAAAAUCGAACCCAAACGGCAUUGAGCAGUUUUCUAUGCCGUGGAGAAAUAAGACGUUUUUGACGCUGCCGCUACGUUUUAACGGCACCGCGCAACAAAAGCCGAGCAUAAUUCGCGAGAAAACGAACAUCACCGAAAUGAGAUACAACAUCAACGACCUUGAAAAUAAUGACGAGUGGGACGAUGUGAGAAACUGGUAGCGUUGUCGUCGUUGCUUAUUGACAGUCGAACUACUAAACUCAGCAACUCGCCCUCUGCACGUCGAUACUAGACAAUAAAAAGUCUUCUUAAGAACGAUGCUUAAAUGCACUUGUCAUACUACGAAUAAUAAGAGCUUUUGUAUUGGUCAGUUUGAUAGAUCAACUGAUCCCGUUUGACCAUUUUCAUACGCCCGUUUUGAAAAAAACGGGACGUAUUAUACUGUUACCCUUGGUGGGCGGGCGGGCGGCGGCGGCGUCCACAGCAGUGUCCGCUCUCUAAUUCAAAUAGUUUUCAUCCGAUCUUCACCAAACUUGGUCAAAAGUUGUGUCGAGACAAUAUCUAGGUCAAGUUUUAAUAUGGGUCAUGCUGGGUCAAAAACUAGGUAACGGGAUCACUUAGUGCUUUCCAAUGAUUUAGCAUGGUGUCCGCUCUCUAAUUGAAGUAGUUUUCAUCCGAUCUUCACCAAAUUUGGUCAGAAGUUGCGUCUAAAUGAUAUCUAGGUCAAGUUUAAAUACGCUUUGUGUAUUUAUUUUUUUAAUUCAACAGAUGGAUUCUCUAAAGUUGUUAUGCUCACUUUGCCUUAAAUCGUUGGAGACUUACUUUCCCGGUCAUUUCGCACGAUGGACAACAUGACAUCUGCUAAUUUUCCAAUGUUUCAAUUCGGACACGGACCAUUCCGAAUUUAGUUAAUUUUAAAUUGAAUUUAAAUUUAAAUGUCGAGCUUGCGCAUAUAGUGUCAUUUAUUUCCGGUAUGGACAUCGCUUUCCGCCCUUUGAAUAUAAAAGGAACAUUGUACAAAAGACUGCAAGGCCCAAGAAAAACUGUCCCUUCGAAAAACACAAUUAAAAAAAACAAAGCGGUUAUAAGAAAAUUAAUAGAGCAAACCGAUUAUUAAAAUGAAAGAGACCGCGUGAACAAUUUGAAGGCAAAAUAUGAAGUCAGACCAUUUUGUACAGCCUAUGGACAGUCAUAGAUUUGUUUUCAUGAAGCAAUAUAUUUAUUGAAUCACUUGAUCUUAAAGAUCAAUAAUGCUAUGCUAUUUAUGAUAUUUAUUUGUUGUUUAUUGUGGAGAGAACACUGUGGAGUAUUUUACAGGUACACUGUAUAU